UAAAAACAGUAGAAGAAGACAGAGGAAGAAGAGGUAGCAUCACAGUUAGCUUUAUGCUAACCGCAGCCGUGUAACCUAACGGGAUGUCUACAGCCUCCAAAGUGGUUCUGACGGUUUCUGUGGUUUUGACUCUGAGCACGGUGGCUGGGGUCCACCUCAAACAGGCCUGGGACCGAGAGCGCCUCCGUGAGGGCGUAGUCAGGGACCUGGAGCGGCUGCAGCGCAAGAGAGAGAACCUGCGGCUGCUGGAGGAGCAACAAGUCCUGACCCGACAGCUGGAGGAGGAGAGGCAGCGGCGAGAGGCUGAGCUUCAGCCGCAGGACACCUGAGGAAGGUGGGGUUUCCGCCUGAGGUUCGCUGAUGGACAGCAGCGGCGAGCAGCUGGCGGCGGCCGAGGACGAGGCGGCGGGCACGUCGGCCUCAGAGGGCCUGGAGGAGGGAGAGGUGGAGGGGGAGACGCUGCUGAUCGUGGAGUCGGAGGACCAGGGUUCUGUGGACCUAUCGCAUGACCAGAGCGGAGACUCCCUGACGAGCGACGUGGGCGAAGAGACGGACGGAGGAUGGG